GUGCCGCGCGCCUAUUGGCUACUUACCGCUUUAGUCGGCCACUGGCGCGCUCUAGGGAAGGUUGAUUCGCGCGGCAAUACGCAGAAUGGACAACGACAAGUGCCGCAAACUUAUACAAUUAUAUGGCGCUAAUGAGUUUAUGUGGAACAGCAAAUCACCUCAAUACCACAACAAAUUGUUGAGGCUUCAGACUUGGGUGGAAAUAAGCAAACAAUUGGACGUACCUAUACCUGAGUUGAAAAAGAAAAUGACUGUUCUUUUAGCGUCAUACAGAAGGGAAAAAUCUAGAAUAGUUAAAAGUCUUUCUUCAGGGAAAGGAGAAGUUUAUGUUUCCAAAUGGUAUGGUUUCGAAGACUUUCAAUUCAUGAAGGACAAAGAUAUACCCAAUGAAACGUUAGAUACGAUGGUUGAUAAUACACAAAACGACAAUAAUGAAAGUAAUGACACAGAAACUUCGCUUCCAGAAGAAGAACAAGAAAUAGAACCUCCAAAGAAUCCGCAAAAAAGAAGAAAAACGAAUAUCGAAACAGAUUCCCCUAUUCUUAGAAAACAUCUGAAAGUAAGAAAAAGAAAAAAAGUGAUUACCAAAGAAGAAUCUCCUAAGCAGAAUAAAUCAUUUCACGUUCUAACCGAAUCUGCAACAUCGACUGACUUAUAUUUUUCUUACGGGCGAUACAUUGCUAAUGAACUUCGUAAAUAUGAUCAACGCACAUUAAGUUACGUGAAACAAGCCAUAAAUAAUGUAAUAUUUGAAGCUGAUAUAGGGAUCUAUUCGAAACUUGAAUGUGACAACCGAAACGAUGAAUCAUAUAACAGUUCGACGCCGUCCGCGUCCCCUCAGCACACAAUAUCGUCUCCCCAGUUUCCUGAUCCGCUGACGACACCUAAACUGGAACCGAGAUCAUCGCCUGCAACUCCCACCGAAGACUUUUAAACAAUAAAU